AUAUCUAGAGCAACUUUAUUCGUCCCUCGUGUUGUUUUAGCGUUUCGGUUCCACAAAUCUCGACUUGUCCAAAGCCCGUUUCAUUAUUUGCCUCGUCACGAAGUUUUGCAUUCUCUUGGAACCAGGACCCAAACUGUUUAUUGGAGGAUUGGCUGAGAGAGAUUGCUCACCAUCGGUCCCGUGAAGAGCGCUCGUGUGUUAAUGUCGUGAUGGGCUCAGAUGCAUCCAUACGGUAGAAAAUCCCAAACCGAACCCCACCAAAUGAGAGCGGCGAGACACCGGCUUCGCCAAGCCGUAGACUCGCUGUACUCUCGGGGGCAUUCGACCCCUGAGCACUACACUCGUCUGGUACUCGAAUGCGUUCGCGCCAACGAUGUCGACCAAGCCAGGCGAUUGCAAUCUCAUAUGGAACUCCACUUCUUUCGACCUGAUGACACUUACGUACACAACCGCCUCCUCCACUUGUAUGCAAGGUCCGGUAAUCUCGACGAGGCCCAGAAACUGUUCGACAGAAUGCCCAUGAGAGACGUUUUCUCGUGGAAUGCUAUGCUUUCGCUGCACGCUAAAUGUGGGUCUGUUGGGGACAUGUGGACGACCUUUGAUAAGAUGCCUGUUCGCGAUGGUGUUUCCUAUAACACGGUUAUUGCGGGUUUCGCUGGAAAUGGGCAGCCUCAAAAGGCUUUGCAAGUGUUUGUGAAUAUGCACGAAAAUGGGUUUGUGCCGACUGAAUAUACUCACGUGAGCGCACUAAAUGCAUGUUCACAGUUGCAGGGUUCGAGGCUGGGAAAGCAGAUUCAUGGCAGGAUAGUUGCUAGUAAUUUCAGGGGCGGCGCGUUUGUUUGGAAUGCGUUGACUGAUGUGUAUGCUAGAUGUGGUGAAAUUCAUUGGGCCAGGUGGUUGUUCGAUCACAUGGUUGAUAAGAAUGUGGUUUCAUGGAACACAAUGAUUUCUGGCUAUGUGAUAACUGGGAUUCCGGAUAAAUGUGUUGAUUUGUUCCAUGAGAUGCAGUUGACUGGUUGUAAGCCUGACCAGAUUACAGUCUCCAAUGUCCUCAGAGCCUACUUUCAAUGUGGGCAUGUCGUUGAAGCAAGGAAAUUGUUCGAUGAGAUCAGAGAGAGGGAUAGAAUUUGUUGGACGACAAUGAUUGUUGGCUACUCCCAAAAUGCCAGAGAAGAGGAUGCAUUGCUGCUGUUUUGUCAUAUGCUGUCGACAAAUAUGCAGCCCGAUGGUUUUACCAUGUCUAGUGUGGUGAGUUCCUGUGCCAAGUUAGCAUUUUUAUGUCUUGGUCAGGCUGUGCAUGCGAAAGCUAUUCUUGUGGGAGUUGAUGAUGAUCUGCUUGUUUCCAGUGCUCUCGUUGACAUGUACAGCAGCUGUGGGGUCAUUGUCGAUGCUCGGUUCAUUUUUGAUACGAUGACUUCUAGGAAUGUUGUCUCUUGGAAUGCCAUGAUUGGUGGUUAUGCACAAAACGGUCAAGAUCUGGAGGCCUUGAGACUAUAUGAGGAGAUGCUGCAAGGGAACAUGAAACCCGAUAUUAUCACUUUUAUAGCUGUUCUUUCAUCCUGUGUUCAUUCCAAUCUGAUCGAACAGGGACAGAAGUAUUUUGAUUCAAUCAGCAAAGUACAUGGAAUUACGCCAACUUUGGAUCAUUAUGCAGGCAUGGUCAGCCUCCUUGUUAGGUCAGGCCAAGGAGAUAAAGCACUGAGUCUCAUCGAGCAAAUGCCCCAUCAACCAAACAGCAUGAUUUGGUCCUCUAUUUUGUCUUCAUGUGCAACAAUUGGUGAUAUUAAGCUUGGAAAGAUAGCAGCAAGCCAUUUAUUUGAUCUUGAUCCAUGCAAUGCUGGACCAUAUAUUACACUAUCUAACAUGUAUGCAGCUAAUGCCAGAUGGAAAGAUGUUGCAUCUGUGAGAUCUCUGAUGAAGAACAGAAAUGUCAGGAAAGUCGCAGCUUACAGCUGGAUUGAGUUCGAUAGUAAGGUCCACAGAUUUGUGUCAGAAGAUCGUUCUCAUCCGGAGACAGAUGAAAUUUAUGAAGAACUGCACAGAUUGAUAAAGAAACUGCAAGUGGCUGGCUUUAUUCCUAAUACAAAAUCAGUAUUCCAUGAUGUAGCGGACAAUGAGAAGCUUGCAUCUAUAAGCUACCACAGUGAGAAACUUGCUCUUGCAUUUGUCCUGCUCAAAAACCCUGAUAGUGCAAUUCCUAUACGAAUAAUAAAGAAUAUUCGUGUAUGCGGUGACUGCCACAUGUUUAUGAAAUAUGCAUCUGAACUUACCGGCCGCCAUGUAAUCUUGAGAGAUUAUAACAGAUAUCAUCAUUUUAUUGGAGGAAAGUGCUCAUGCAAUGAUUACUGGUAGUAAGAAUUGCUGAUUUUCAAUUUUCUCAGACUGACGUCAGAUGGUAAGUUGCAGCUUUAGGUGGAUGGUCUUGUUGCAGCAAGAGCCCUUCGACUUGUUGAGAUGAACUGUGCCAAGAGCUAGAUGCAAGAUCCUUUUCAUUGGGCUACCAACAAUUGAUCAUGGGCUACCAACAAUUGAUCAACUCGUUGAAGGUUCAAUUGAUCAUUUCUUUUCUCUUGGAAGCUAAAACGAGGUGUUGGGGCUCUUCAAGCAGCCAACUGAUCUUCACUUGAUGAGUCCAUACCCACAUUAAUGCGUGCAAACUGAUUUCAACCACACAAGGCUGCUUAUGGGAAUGAUAUGAACAGAAUGUGCUAACUUCAUAAUUCAAAACCAAAUCUUGAGCAAGAAUGACAAACAAGCUUAUCAAUUGGGGAACCCCAAGCAAUUCUUUGUUAGUUUAUCACAUGGUAUAUUUGUAGUGAGGUGAUAACAUCGCUUGUAGCUUUUGAGACACAAAUGCAGGCACUGCUAGCUGAAGCAGCUAUUUUAUGUCAUGGGAUGGAGAGUGAGGUCACUGGCUAGGUCAACAUUUCUUCACUCGGUGAUUCUAGAUUGUUCAUGAGUUACGCUUGAUGCUCAUAAGCUGGGAUCUCUGGAUAGCAUACAAUCUUUCGUUGAACAAUGCAGAUCACGAGGAGCUAGUGACACAGGUUUGUUCUGGUAGGCAAUCGAGUGUAGACUGAAAAAGGGUUACUCCUUCUCUUUCGUUGUGAUGGUUUAUUCCUGUCUCAGGUCCAUUUCAAGCAUUUAAAUGAUGGGGCGAGGUCCAUCUUAGAUGGUAGACUGGUUGGAAGAGUUGGUCUGCUGCUUAAGUGGCGUGAAGGCUGAUGUGCCAGAGACCCUUGUACUGCAUUAUAAUUCUUGGAUUAGGCUAUGAUGAUAACUCAUUUCAGUUAAGGAGGUCGGUGCAAGGACAGGGAAGAAGCAACAUCAUGUGGGAAGCUGAUGUUGAUUACAGUUCACAGCUCAAAAUUUCUCGCGGUGGUUUGAUAUGACCCUCUCCGCUGUCUACUAUUCGGACAUCAGUGACAGUCUCCUAGUGAGUGUGUGAUCUUGAUGGAAUUGCCAGUCAAAUCCGAAUCUCAUCAAAAGCUUUGUUUUUGGCUUUCCGUGAUCUGCCAGAUACUUUUGCCUGUCCAUAACUAGCCAUGUCAAUAAUGUAGUUGCUUGCCUUCGCUAUUGUUCUAGUUUUCUUCUCUAGUUAGUCGAGGAAAAGUUCUGAGUAAUUUUCGAGAUAGCCCUCCUUUUUGAGAUUCCAAUCCUUUCAAUAUCGCUAUGGCUGUUGGAUUAAACUUUAGUACGGGACUCCUAUUUUCCUACACAAGCCAUCUCCAUCACCGUUGAU